CAUUUCCCAACAAACAAUACACCCGAUCCCUUUCUCCCACAAAUUUUCCUUCCUCUCAAGCUUCCCCGUUAGGUGUUCUGUUCGUUUUCCUAGAAAAUUUCGUUUCCUGUCAGAAUAGUGAAAGGAGGUUCCAGACAUGGCCGAAGUUGAAACAGCCGUCGCACUCGACGUCGUCGUCGAUCCAAUUGCCACGGACGUUCCCGAAGAGAAACCGGCGGUGGCGGACGCGAAGCCGAAGAAAACCAAACAGCCGAAAGCUAAGCCCAGCGGGCCCCGAAAGCCCAGAUCCCAUCCCACUCAUCCUCCUUUCCUUCAGAUGAUCACCGACGCGAUUUUGACGCUGAAGGAACGAACUGGUUCCAGUCAGUAUGCGAUAACGAAAUUUAUCGAAGAGAGGCACAAGCAAUUGCCUCCCUAUAUUAAGAAGCUCAUUUUGUUCCAUUUGAAGAAGCUUGUGGCAGCUGGUAAGCUCGUGAAGGUUAAGAAUUCUUUCAAGCUUCCUCCUGCCAGACCGUCGGUUACGAAACCAACUGCCAGUCCAGCGGCGAAGAAGGCGGCGGGGGCGAAGCCCAAGGCGACGGUGAAAAAGGCGACGUCCAAGGCAAAGACUAAGUCAGUGGGUAAAGCGAGUGCGAAGCCUAAACCGGCGGCUAAGCCAAAGGCAGCGGUGAAGCCGAAAGCAGCCGCCGCUGCGAAGCCGAAGCCUGCGGCUAAACCCAAGGCUGCUGCUGUGAAGCCUAAGUCAGCUGCAAAGCCGAAAGCAGCGGCUAAGCCGAAGGCGAAGGCAGCUUCUCGGCCGGCAAAGGCUGCGCGGACGUCGUCGAGGACUUCGCCGGGGAAGAAGUCAGCACCGGCGGCUAAGCCGGCGCCGAAGACAGCGACGCCGAAGAAAGCUCCUGCGAAGAGCGCUAAGAAGCCAAAGAGUGUUAAGUCGCCGGCGAAGAAGGCUCCGGCAAGGAUGCCAAGGAAGGCGAAGAAGUGAGAGUGGUAGCCCUCUAGAGUUUUGUAGAGUGGCAGUUGUAUAAAUUUGUUGUUGAAAUCAGGGUUUUUUCAGAUCUCUCUGGCUGAUAAUGGAGAUUCGUAUACAGAAAAACGCGUUUAGUUUCUAUCGGUUUUUAUUUUUAUUUUUAUUUUUGGCAUUUUCAUCUGUAGUUCCCAUGAUCUUGAAUCAGUAAUUUAUGUUAGUAAUCUUCAAGCUC